GUCAGUCAAAUUGUUUUGAUAAUUUUGCUAGUUUGAUUUUGUAUAAGCCGCGGCGCGGUUGUGAGCAAAACAAUAAAAAAAUCGUAUUUAAUAAUAUAUUAUACUUCGUUUCGUGUUGGGGUAAUACAUGUAGAGGCACACGAGAUUAUUCCACCAGUAUGCAGUACGUCCUGCUCCUCCUGUGUGUCGGCGGCGCGCACCUGGUGCCGCUCGAGCAGCUGUACCUCACCAACUCUGAGAAAUGUGGAUAUGAUAGCUGCACGGCCACAUCGCCCGGCAUGCUGAACGUGCACAUCGUGCCGCACACACACGACGACGUCGGAUGGCUGAAGACUGUUGACCAGUAUUAUUAUGGAAGCAGAAACAAUAUCCAGAAGGCUGGUGUCCAGUAUAUUCUGGACUCGGUCGUGAAAGAACUUUGGGAGUCUCCGAAAAGAAGAUUUAUAUACGUAGAAACAGCAUUCUUCUGGAAGUGGUGGGUGCGUCAGCCGCCCAGCGUGCAGCAGAAGGUGCGGGUGCUGGUCAGCCAGGGUCGCCUGCAGAUGGUGGGGGGCGCGUGGAGCAUGAACGAUGAAGCCGCCUCCCACUACCAGAGCACCAUCGAUCAGUUCACUUGGGGAUUGAGAAAACUAAACGACACGUUCGGCCAAUGUGGUUGGCCGCACGUCGGUUGGCAGAUCGACCCGUUCGGCCAUUCCCGAGAGUUUGCCAACCUACUGUCUAUGAUGGGAUAUGAUGGGCUGUUUCUAGGUAGGAUAGACUAUCAGGACAAGAGGACCAGGUUACUGGGUAAAAAUAUGGAGAUGCUAUGGAGAGGAGACGAUGUUUUAGGUAAAUCGUCAGAUAUAUUUACUGGAGUAUUAUAUAAUACAUACUCGCCGCCUCCCGGAUUCUGCUUCGACGUGCUAUGCUCUGAUGAACCAAUCAUAGACGAUGCCACGUCACCGCUGUAUAACGUUGAGACUAAGAUUCCAGUUUUUCUAGACUAUGUUAAAAAUCAAGCGAGAUACUACAAAACUCAAAAUGUGAUAGUUACAAUGGGCGGGGAUUUUACGUACCAGGACGCGUCAAUGUGGUAUAUAAAUCUUGACAAAUUGAUAAAAUAUUCCAAUUUGAAGGCGGCUAGAGAUGGACUUAACAUAUCAGUAUUUUAUUCGACUCCUAAUUGUUACUUGAAGUCCGUAAAAGAAGCUAACCCGACUCUGCCCACAAAGAAGGACGAUUUCUUCCCAUACGCCAGCGACCCCACUGCUUAUUGGACUGGCUAUUUCACAUCUAGACCUACCACCAAAUUCUUUGAGAGAGAAGGAAAUAAUUAUUUACAGACUAUGAAACAGUUGCAAGUGUUGGCUGAUUUAGACAAACAUAAUGAAUUUGUUCUCAACGAAUUGAAAAGUGCUAUGGGUGUAAUGCAACAUCAUGACGCUAUAACAGGGACAGAGAAGCAGCAUGUCACACACGAUUACGAGAGGUUGUUGAACCAAGCCAUCGACGACGCAUUCAUUAUUGCUAAACAGGCGUUCAAUAAAAUGAUAUUAAAGGAUAGCAUGAGAAAGCCGAUGUUUGACUUUCAGAGAUGUCACCUGAACGAGUCUAGCUGCCAAGUAUCAGAGAACAGCGAUAAUUUUGUUGUAACUGUCUACAAUCCUCUGGGUUGGUCUGUGAAGGAACCGAUCAGGAUACCUGUGCCGGCUGGUACAUUUGAGGUCUUUGGACCGUAUGGUACUAUAAUGAAAACACAAAUGGUACCAUUAGCAGCGAAAGUCAAAAACAUACCGACUCGAGUGUCAAAAGCGACACAAGAAAUUGUCUUCUUGACAGAAUUAAAACCACUAUCUUAUAGGAGCUUCUACAUAAAGAAACGUUUGCGCCCAAAGCGCAGUGCUAAACAAGGUUCCUACGAUUAUUAUCCAAGUAUAAAUCAGAAUAUUUGGAGCAACGACCCAUCUAAAACUGAUUACGAAAAGUACUUGACAACUGAAUCGAUCCCCGACCCCCCAGUUUAUCUAGAAGAUAUACCAAACAUAUAUGAUAAAGAUGUCAAUUUCGAUGUCUUAAAAACUAAUCCGAAUGAUAAAGAACAUAAAAUGUUAGAUCUUGAAAAGAUUCUAGAUAAUAGAAAGAAGAUUUAUAAAACUACGAACGAUCAUGAAACUAAGGAUCAGUCACAUGAUAACGACCAAAAGAAUAUUGAUUUUGAAAAGAUUUUGGUAGCUAAUAGACAGAAGAUUGGCAAAAAUAACAAUAAUGAUCCUGUUUUCGAUCCUUUCAAAACUGGUCUAAGCGAUAAUGAUCAAAAAAUGCUUGAGCUAGAAAAGAUUUUGGUGGAAAAUAGUAAGAAAAUCGAUAGUACGAAUAAUAAGGAACCUAUAUACGAUAUUUUGAAAGAUAUGCCGCAUGAUAACAAACAUAUUUUUGAUUUUGAAAAGAUUACUAUUGAUGAUAAACAAAAGAUUGAUACUAAAAUCACUAACGAACCAACAUACGAUAUUUUGAAAGAUGGUCUUCGUGACAAUAACAAGAAACUGCUUAACUUCGAAAAAAUGACAGCAGACGAUAGUAAGAAAAUUGACAAUAGCAACAGUUUCGACAUUUUGAAAGAUGAGUUGCAAAAUAACUACCAAAAAGUACCUGAUUAUGACAAAAAUCCGUUCGAUGAUAGAAAGAAGACAGAUAAGAAUAAUAAUGAGCCUAAUCUUGAUGUUUUAAAAGGCGGACCGCACGAUAAUGAUAACCAAAAGAUAUUAGAACUAGAAAAGAUAUUGGUACAUAAUAGUAAUAAGAAAGUUGAUAAUAGUAAAGGCAGUAAUGAGCCCAGACCGUUCAAUUAUCCUAGCAUGUUUAGUAAUGAGGAAUUGAGGAUGUUGGCUGAUGAGCCACAUCACGCUGUAAAGGAUGAAGAUGAAAUUAUUAUUGGUAAUCAGCACUUCAAACUGGAAGUCAACAGAGCAACAGGAAUCAUCAAGAAAAUCAUUUUCCCGGACAAUUCAAGAACGAAUUUCUCAAUAAACAUGUAUUACUACAUAGGAACUUGUGGGGACAACCACGACACAGCACAUAGGGCUUCAGGUGCCUACAUUUUUAGACCUUCAUCUAACGUGCCAAUUAAAUUAGAAACCAUCACCACUGACAUCAUCAAAGGAGACAUUGUGCAAGAAAUUCGACUAGAUUUAAGCCCUGCUGGUUAUCUAGACGUAAAAUUCUACGACAAUCAAAAUUACUUAGAAGUUGAAUGGGUUGUUGGCCCAAUACCUAUAUUAGAUGAUACAGGUAAAGAAUACAUUAUCAAAUAUGAAACUCAUAUAGCAAAUAAGGGAAAGUUUUACACAGAUUCGAAUGGUAGACAGAUACUUGAGAGGUGUCGUGAUCAUCGCCCGCAAUGGAAUGUGUCUUUGCAAGAACCUAUACCAGGGAAUUAUUAUCCAGUAGCUAAUCAGAUAUAUAUAAAGAAUAGUAGAGAUUUUCGUAUGUCCGUGUUAACUGAUAGGUCUCAAGGCGGCAGUUCUAUGAUAGAUGGUGAAAUAGAGCUGAUGCUUCAUAGAAGAUUACUUUGUGAUGAUGCUUUUGGCGUCGGAGAAGCCUUGAAUGAGACCGCUAAAGAUAAAGGACUCGUCGCUAGAGGAAAACAUAGAGUGUAUCUUGGCAUAAGUAAAGACAAUUUAAAGAAACAAGUUGUUGAAAUGCAUCAGCCCCCUAUUUUGCUAUUCGCUGAUGCUACUAAUAUUAAGUACGAUGAUUGGUUCGCGAUGCAUAAUGAGUUUUCCUGGUUAGAAAGGGAUUUGCCUAAAGGGAUACAUCUUUUAACUCUAGAACCAUGGGAUUCUCAACUUUUGAUUCGGUUAGAGAAUUACUACAAUGACAAAAAUGCGUCAGCUGAAGUUAAUCUACAAGACUUGUUUAAGAAUAUUAGGAUUUUGGCAGUUGAGGAGAUGCUUUUGGCUGGACAUAGACCGGUGGAAGGUUAUAAGAAAUGGACUUGGAAAAAGGAUGGGGGGAAAGAGAAGACUGAUUCAGUCAAAGGGGGGAAGACUAAUAAUUUAAUUGUGAAUAUUAAAGGCAAGGAGAUAAAGACUUAUUUAGCUGAUUUUGAAAUCAGAGAGCAUUCGACACAAGUAAAAGCUACCAGUUUAGGCAUGUUAGGUCGAUAUGAGGUAACCACAGUUGUAUAAAACGAUAGAUUUUCUCUUUCCUUCCCGAUCUUCCCAAUCCCCGAUUCCCUAACACCACUUAAAUUCUGGAAAAUAUCAUUUUCAUUUUCUUUUUCUUCUCUAAUAAUAUCUUCUGAUUUAUUUCGUUGCGGGAUCCAAGACAGUCAUUCAUGUCCCUGGGACGUUGGACUUCAGUGUUCCGGUGUUUGCAUGGUUGUAUCUACUGUAGAUCCUGGUGCAUUGGAGUUGCAGUAGUUUGGAAGGUUAUCCCAUAAAAAAGACCCUUAAAUUCCUAACCCCUAAAAGGCCGGUAACGCACUGGUAACGCCUCUGGUGUUUCAAGUGUCCAUGGGCGGCGGCGAUUGCUUACCAUCAGGUGAUACGUCAAAACAUAAUUUUAGACCAAUUUGUUGGUCGAGUGGUAACAACUAUCACAGCUUAACGAGGUCCUAAUUUCGAUUCCCGGGCUGUGAAACUGAGUUUUUCAUUGUCGAAACGCUCAGUAAUAGCUCGGAGUCUGUAGUUUUUAGUGUUCUGGGAAUAUUCACCCCCCUAUUACAUGGGACUCAUAACGUAAGUGGUGAAAAGUGGGUGUUGUUGAAGGCACCUCUGCCUAUCCCUUCAGGGUAUUUGUCUCCAUUUUAUAAUAAGUAUAUGACUGCCUCGUUGUUCGAGUGGACAAGAGGUCUCGGGUUCGAUUCCCAGAUCGGGCAGAGUAUUACUGGGCUUUUUUCGGUUUUUCGAAAAUUUCUCAGUAGUAGCACGGAGUCUGGAAUUGUGCCCGGUAAAUGGCAAUAGGCUCACCCCCUAUUACAUGGGACUUAUAACACAAAUGGUGAAAAGUGUGUGUACAUUGUAUAGCGGCAUUACCUGCCGUAAUGUGCACCUCUGCCUACCCCUUCGGGGAUAAAAGGCGUGACGUUGUGUGUUUAUAAUAAGUAGUUUUUCGAAAUGAUUCUAAUAAUUAUGUUUGUAGAUUAUUAAUAUUAAAUGUAUUAUUUUUUUUUGUAAUCAAAUGUUACAUACAGAAAAAAAAGAAUGAAUGAAAAAACCAAAUAAAUUUUAUGAUUUUUUUAAAAAA